AUGGGAGACCCGAGGGAAUCGUCGUCGUACAGCAUUACGCCAAGGAUUCGAUACAACACCAUUGGGGGUGUUAACGGCCCCUUGGUUAUCCUUGAAAACGUCAAAUUCCCAAGAUACAAUGAGAUUGUUACCUUGACGCUGCCCGAUGGCACACAAAGAUCUGGGCAGGUGCUGGAAGCCCGAGGCGACAGAGCCGUGGUGCAGGUAUUCGAAGGCACAUCUGGCAUCGAUGUCAAGCGGUCUAAGGUCGAGUUCACCGGAUCGAGUCUGAAAAUUGGGGUCUCUGAGGAUAUGCUGGGUCGCAUCUUCGAUGGAUCCGGAAGACCAAUCGACAAGGGACCUAAGGUUCUUGCAGAGGAGUACCUAGACAUCAACGGAAGUCCCAUCAACCCAUACUCUCGAGUUUAUCCUGAAGAAAUGAUUUCCACUGGUAUCUCUGCCAUCGAUACGAUGAACUCCAUUGCCCGUGGACAGAAGAUUCCCAUUUUCUCGGCAUCUGGUCUCCCUCACAACGAAAUUGCCGCUCAGAUCUGUCGGCAAGCUGGUUUGGUUCAGAAGCAGGGUCUGACGAACAAGGGCACACACGAUGGACACGCCGACAACUUCUCAAUUGUUUUCGGUGCUAUGGGUGUCAAUUUGGAAACCGCUCGUUUUUUCACCAGAGAUUUCGAGGAGAACGGCAGUUUGGAGCGUGUGACGCUGUUUUUGAACUUGGCCAACGACCCCACGAUCGAACGUAUCAUUACCCCUCGUCUUGCACUUACUACUGCCGAAUACUACGCUUAUCAGCUCGAGAAGCACGUUCUGGUUAUUCUCACAGAUUUGACCUCAUACUGUGAUGCCCUUCGUGAAGUCUCAGCCGCCCGUGAAGAAGUUCCAGGUCGCCGUGGAUACCCAGGUUACAUGUACACGGAUUUGUCGACCAUCUACGAACGUGCUGGUCGUGUUGAAGGACGCAAUGGAUCUAUCACCCAAAUUCCUAUCCUGACCAUGCCCAACGAAGAUAUCACCCACCCCAUUCCCGAUUUGACUGGUUACAUCACGGAGGGACAGAUCUUCAUCGAUCGUCAACUUGCCAACCGUGGUAUCUACCCACCCAUCAAUGUCCUCCCAUCACUCUCGCGUCUCAUGAAGUCUGCCAUCGGAGAGGGUCUUACCCGAAAGGAUCACGGUGAUGUGUCCAACCAGCUGUACGCCAAGUACGCUAUUGGACGUGAUGCAGCUUCGAUGAAGGCUGUUGUUGGUGAGGAGGCUCUGUCAUCCGAAGAUAAGCUUUCUCUGGAAUUCCUGGAGAAGUUUGAGCGAACUUUCAUUUCGCAAUCCCCCUACGAGUCGAGAACCAUCUAUGAGUCUCUGGAUCAAGCAUGGAGCUUGUUGAGAAUUUAUCCCAAGGAGUUACUCAACCGCAUCCCGGGAAAGGUCUUGGCAGAGUUCUACCAACGAUCUGCUGCGGAUCGCAAGGGCAAGGGUAAAGGGACCAAGGAUACCAAGGACAACAGCGAUGAGGCCAAGGCAAAUGGAAACAGCCAGGAGGGGAACCUCAUUGACGCGUGA